ACUUCUCAAGACAAUGGACCAAGUGAUCAAUGAAUGUCUGUCAAAACCACAAUCAUUGGAUCAGUUAUUGGAUAUAAAAGAUGAUCCAAAUCAAGCAUUUCUCGAUAGUCAACAAAUUAGUCCUCAAUUGGAUCAGUUUAGUCAAGAAAUUAUUAUCAAUAGUGAGAUCAACACAAGAAGCAGCGGCAGAGGAAGGAAAAAGAAGUGCGAAGAAGGUCUGACAUUAAGUGAUGAAAAACAUAAGAAUCUGAAGAUUAAAGUCGAGAAAAUGGAAAUUUCGACGAAAAACAAGACAAAGAAUUGCUUAAAACAAAAGAAUCAAAUGAUUAGUCAACUGAAGAAGGAAAACGAAAGUCUGAAAACACAAAUAAUAAUCGCAAACAAAUUGACGGAUGUUUUGACGAAAUACCGAACUUUUAUUACCGAAAGACUAGAUUUGAUGACAGAUUCGAAAAUAGAGUCUUUAGAGACGGAAUUCAAAGACGUUUUUCAAGAAAAACAAACUUUCGAUCGAAACAACACUAAAACCAAACGCGAAUUCAAACUCAAGUCAAACAACAAAAUCAACCAAUCGAUGGCCAAAAAGAGUCGUUCGGCGGGAAUGCGGUGUUCGUGGCCGGGAUGUGCUUAUGAGGCCAAACGCACGAAACUGCUCAACGAACACAUGAACGCCGUUCACACUGGCAAUCGGCCCUAUUCGUGUCCAAUGACUGAUUGCAACAAAUCGUUUGCGCGCUCCACCACUCUUGACGUUCACAUCAAGUCAAGUCAUUGUUCGGACAAACUGUUUGUCUGCAGUUGGGAAGGAUGUCAGGCCACUCUCAAGACCAAGUUGGGUCUCAAGAUUCACCUCCAGGCCCACAGCGGAGACAAGAAAUUCGCCUGUUCCUGGCCCGGCUGUGGAUACAAAGGUCUGACUAAACAACAACUCGAUAAUCACGUGCGAAAUCAUACGGGAGAAAAGCCAUUUGUGUGUUCGUGGCCGGGAUGCGAGUCACGCUUCACAACAGCAGAUGGUUUGCGAUAUCACAAGAAAUCGCAUUCAAAUAUCCGUCCGUUUAAGUGUGAUUGGCCCGGUUGUGACGGAGCCUUCAAACGCAACAGAGCUCUCACUGUCCACAAGGCUUUGCAUACCGGAGACAAAGUCUUCAAAUGCGAUUGGAGUGGAUGUCAGUUCAGGGCUUCGAGAUAUCAUGAUUUGGCUGUUCAUAAAAUAAUGCACACCGGAGAGAAAAAAUACCGCUGCAGUUGGCCAGGCUGUGAAUCGCGGUUUCUCAGAAACGACAAACUGAAGUUACAUUUGAUGAUUCAUAGGGGAGACAAACCACAUAAGUGUCCGUUUAAUGGAUGCGAUAAACGGUUUGUCGAAAAGGGAAAUAUGAGAAAACACUACAAUAGUGUUCAUUCCAAACCCAACUUGUGAUCAAUCAAUCAUUUUAUGACUAAAUUUGUCUCAUUUUGUACUUAUAUUGCAAUCAAAUCUAUAUUUUUAUCAUAAAUUAUACAGUAUUUUAAUGUUUACUAAAU